AUGAUCACCGGUGGUUCAUCCGGGAUAGGACUGGCUAUAGCUGAAAGGUUUCUCAAUGAGGGAGCAUCGAAGGUCGUUAUUGUUGGGAGAUCUUAUCCAAGGCUAUUAGAUGCCGCGAAACAACUACAGCACGGUGCUGAAAAUACAUCUAUCUCCACAGAAUAUAAACCAAAUAGCAACGAUGGAGCACAAGGACAGGUGACUUCAGUGUCGGAAAAGAUCUCUAUACUGGUAGGAGACGUCUCGGAAAUCGAUUCUUGGAGCAGGACGUUGGAGAAAGAAUUGGAAUCUAUUGAUAUCCUAGUAAAUGCUGCUGGAAUAUCUCUAUCAAAUCUACUUCCGAAGAUCGACCCCAAAGACAUCUCCCGAACACUCCGUACAAAUCUUGAAGGCGCACUACUCACUUCCCGUGCUUUUCUACGCGCUUCUGUUCGCAGUCGCAUUAAGAACCGCAAUAAGACCGAUCCAGAGUCCAGAAUACGUUCAAAAUGUAUCAUCAAUGUUUCGUCAUUGCUGUCACACAAAGGUGGAACCGGCGCCGUGCCCUACGCUGCGUCAAAGGCAGGUCUCUUGGGGCUCACACGUUCGCUCACAGUUGAGGCUUCGGAGACCCUUCGAGAUGUGGUGAUCCGUUCCAAUGUGCUCGUCCCAGGAUACAUAGAAACGCCGAUGAUUGAAGACAUGGCUCCCACCGAGCUUGAAAGACUGAAGCAGAGCAUCCCGUUGAAGCGUUUUGGAAGCCCCCAGGAGAUUGCCGAUGCAGCAGUCUUCCUAGCAGAGAACGAAUACGCCAAUAACUGCGUGCUCAAUCUCGACGGCGGAUUGAGUGCAGUAUGA